GUGUUUGUAGGAAGAAUGUAAAUGUUAUCUCUUGUUACGGACUAUAAACUAGAAAAUGGACUAUAAUCCAGAUGAGAGUUUAUCAGAUGGAACUAAUGUCGAUAAUAAUGACAAUUUCAUCCCCUUUCAAUGGAUUUUACUAUGUGUAUUUUUUCCAGCAUACACGCUUCUUGUGUUUUAUUCUAAAACAUGUACAAAUAAAGUAAAAAAGCCCACGUGCGAUUGUAAAUACAGCGAUGGAAUAUACACAGUUUCUAUCUCCGCUGAAGAACAUUGGAAUGCACUGUGUGUGAUAUGUAAAUAUGUUGCAGGUUAUCUUACUGUUCCUUUUUUACUAGUUUCAUUGAUCAUGUCGAUAACCACUAACUUGCCCUCUCAGAGAUAUUUGUUCGAGGUCAUAGUUAUUGAAUUUUUGGCUUGUAUUUUUCUUUUAUGCUGUUUUUGCCACGGUGGAUUUUUUAAUUCUACUACAUCAUGUAAAGAAAUUAUUCAAGAUAUAAGGAGACAGAAAGUAGAGUUAUUAACAUCUUUAGAUGGAACAAUGCAACCUCUGACCUCUUCUUUGUAUCAUUAUGAAGAUGUGUCUUUUUUUGAAGACCUGUCUGAGGGAGAUCAAAAUGAUGGAAGAAUCGUUCACUUUGACGUCAAAGUUUGUGUGAAAAUACACACCAGCAUGGUUCGGAAUUUUACGGUGGCAUCGAAAUGUGUUUUGCAAAAUCGUAUGUUUGAUCCAAAUUCUGAAAACUAUAUGUUGUUCUCCAAGCCUAGAAGUAAACGUUUUCGGACGUUGUCGGCAUUUCGGGAACGUUUCCGAUUAUUUUUUUCAUGUAGCGAUUUCAAUUGUGCAUGGAAAUGGUGUGUGAAUCCAACAACCCUACAUAUCAUAAAAUGUGUUUAUUUACCCGCCUCUCUUAAGGCGUAUACCGGAUUGCUAUACAUAAGGGUCCAGGAUCUGAAUAUUUAUCUUGAAGUCUUGCGUACGACACGGGACAUAGCGAAUAGUUGUCGAACAAAUUUAGACCAAACUGUAAUAGAUUUGUAAAAAUACUGUUUCUAUCAGUGUUAUGCAAACGAUGGGUAGUCAACUACACUACAUCACGGACAAACUGACUUAACUUGCAUCCAUUUAUCAUUAACACCAGAAAACACGA